GAAUUUCAUAUUGUUCUUUUUUUCUUUUGGAAUUAUAUGAUUCAUUCUUCGGGUAAAGAAACAAGGCCAAGUCACAAGCAUCGAUAAUUAAUUAUCAAUAAUUAAUGAUCUCAAAUCGGUUGCAACGCGCGUGUGGAAAGAAUCGGAUAAUUAAUUAUUGAAAACGUGAAAAAAAUUAUUUUCACGAUUUAUUUCCAGGGGAAAUAUCUCCUUCGUGAAUUUCUUAUUGUAACACGAUGAUAUCUUUUAGCGAAGACAUGUAAUUACAAUUUAAGCAACGCAACGACAUUGAGAACAUUAAUUACGCGAUUGCCGGAGGAAGGAGCUGCUUUUCCGCUGAUUGAACGUUUUGAUUAAUGUUUAUCAUCCAGAGGCGAACCGGUCGUCGGUUUAAAACGAGCUUCGCUGGCGGCAUGACUUUAUCGGGAUUAUUUAAUCAACUGAAAGAAUUAGACGCCGUAAUUGCACGGUUGAAAUAUGCGGCCGGCACGUCUUCCGGGUGUUGCUGAUAAGACUUGUGCGACCAACUUUCGAAAGCUCGCAGGUUGAAACUCGAGCCGAUUGAAUUACGUUCCACAACAUUUCUUAAACGACAACAAACUACACAAACGUGAGAAGCAAUUGGGCAACGUCUUAAUUGCAAGCUUCAGAGAUCGAAGAAGUUCAAUCGCGUUAUUACUAUGCUAAAGAAAAGAUUAGACGAGAAGGAAAACUAGGCGAAAGAAAGAGCAAGGUCUUAAAAUUUACCGGAGGUUGAAGCCAGGUGAAUAGAAUAAUGACAAUGCGGUGCCGGGCGUCGUCGAUCAUCGUCGCAGCCGCGUUUCUGAUCGUCCUGUUGGACGGUGCGAUCGGCAAGAUGCGGGUCGCCUACCGAUGGAAGCAGAUCGAUUACGAGUGGCCGAGCAACGACGUUAAGAGGGUCUUCCCGGAUUACAAGCAGGAGGACAAUCUACCCUUGGGUUUGGAGGUGGCCGGUGAUCGGCUCUUCAUCACGGUGCCGAGAUGGAGACAGGGGGUCGCCGCCAGUCUUAAUUACAUCAGGCUCAACGACACGCGCGAAUCGCCACCCCUGAUUCCGUAUCCUUCCUGGGAGGCCCAUCAAUACGGCGCCGCCGGCGUGCCGGAGAUCGUCUCGACGUUUCGUGUGCGCGCCGAUCGUUGCAACCGGCUCUGGAUCCUGGACACGGGACUGACGGACAUUCUGGGCAACCCAGAGCAACAGGCGCCGCCGGCGUUGAUAGUCUACGACCUGACCAGCGAUCGUAUGCUGCGCAAAUACGUGAUACCGUCCGACCAGAGGACUGCCGAUUCCCUGUUCGCCAACAUCGCCGUCGAGGAUUAUUCGUGCGAGGAUUCGUACGGCUACCUGGGUGACCUGGGCGGCCCGGGUCUCGUCGUCUACUCCUGGAGCCUCCACAAGUCCUGGCUCGUCAAGCAUCAUUCCUUCCAUCCGGAUCCGAUGGGCGGAGAAUUCAAGGUGUCGGGGAUAUCGUUCCAAUGGAAUGACGGCCUGUUCGGGAUGGCUCUUGCGCCGACUGGUGACGGGUACAGUACCAUGUAUUACCAUCCACUCUCCAGCGGCAUGGAAUUUUCCGUCAGUACGAGAUUGUUGCGCGAUUCUCAGCGUGCCAGUGCGGCGGAAACGUCCCACGACUUCCAAACGCUGGGCUCGCGCGGGCCCAACGGCCAGAGCAGCGUCAGCUUCCUGGAUCCGAAGACCGGAAUUCUCUUUUACGCACUGACGAAUCUAAACACAAUCGCAUGCUGGAGACCGCAGAAUAAAUUCACCGUGCAGCAACAGGGCUACGUCUACCAGGAUAACGUCACCAUGAUUUUCCCCAAUGAUCUCAAGGUCGAUCGGAACGGCAACCUGUGGAUCCUCUCCGACAGACUGCCCGUCUUCAUGUACUCGCAAUUGGACCUGCAGGACUAUAACUUUAGAAUUCUUACGGGAUCGACCGAGGAACUCAUCAUGGGCACGGUUUGCAGAUCGACGUCGUCUCCGACUUACUCCACGACGAUGAUGUACGAUCACAGAGACCACAUGGACCACAUGGAUCACAUGGAUCACAUGGAUCAUAUGAAUCACAUUGAUCACAAAGAUCACACGAUGAACUUAACGCCCAGAAUCGAAAACUCUGCAGGUUCCGUAAAAACAGAGGUCGCGACCAUGAUGUUGUUGGUAUGCUUGAGCAAAGCUUUCGUUUGAAGAGUGACUAUGAAAAAUUUGGACACGAGAAUUGAAAUAGUAGAAUUAAAGAUAAGAUAAGAGUAAAAUUAAAGGCAAAUGUAGAUAGAAAUAGAAAGGGCGAAAGGAUAAGGGAGAAGAAGAAAGAAACAUGGAAUAGCCGUUUGAUUAUUUCCUUCAUAAAAUGAUUUCCGUAAUUUAGAAUAAUCUUCAACGAGGUGAAGUAACUGAAUUGACCGAACCAAGUUUUAUCGAGAACUAUCGUUGCAAACAUUUGGAUAUUUAUUUAACGACGGUUGCAUAAUUAGAGCUAUUGAUCCUAUUGGCGCGGAAACUUAUUUAUCAUCCAAUUGCUUCACUUAAGCCGAUCUUUUAAAAGUCCGAGAGAUACAGCGUAUUAGUAAUCAUCUUAAUUAUAUAAUCCUAUAAUUAUAAUAUUUCUAUUUUAUUACUAUAAAUAUUUAUGUACUUUUAGAACAGUUUAUAUUGCAGUAAAAAGAUACGCACAGAAUUGGUACAAAUCGUUUAGGUUGCGACCUAGUAAAUUACGAUAAUAGUUGGCUUUCUCGUGCACAGUACAAGUGUUUUCUGAUAAGACGUUCGUUUCCUAGUUUACCUCUCGAGGAAAACGUUUCUGUCUUUCGUCGAGUAUUGUUAUCUACUCGCGCUAAAACUGCCAUUACAUUUACGUGUCAGAUGUAAAAUAAUAUAUUAUCAUGAGAAAAAAGAAA